UUCUUUGGGGUUCUGUCAACGAGCCUUCAGACAGCUCAAGAAUCUGGCCUAUGUGGGCCAGAGUGACCACGAUGUAGGUUUUGGUGCAUUUGUAUUAAAUCUGAACAGACUCAAAUACAGCUUUUCUGAAGCUUUUCGAUAGUUUCUAAGUAUCCAUUCCAUUCCCUGUCUUCUAGGUUUGCUGGGAUGAACAGAAGCCACAGUGCGUUUUAUUAGCUUUGGUUGUUUUUUAAUUAGGUCAUGUCUCCAGUCCUUCCCUCGGUCAUUUCAGCUACAGCUGUGUCCUUCUAAGGCUAUGAAGGGCUCCCUUUGAUCCUUGAUCCAAUGGCCGUCCUCCGUUUUCCCAGCAUCAUCGCCAUGUCCAGCUGCCUCUUCCUCCUGAAGGCGCUUGUUGUUCUCGGGUCCCUGACGUCCUGGGUGACUGUGGGAGAGCAUGUGAAAGAAGGAGAGUGCCCUCCGGACAAGAACCCGUGCCCAGAUCUGUGCCAGGGGGACGAGUCGUGUCCGGCGGGGCAGAAGUGCUGCCACACGGGCUGCGGUCGCGCCUGCCGAGGAGGCAUCCCGCAGGGGAGAAAAGGCGAUUGUCCCAGGGCUGCUCGGAAACAAUCCUGUUUCCAAAGGUGCGUCACCGACGAGACGUGUCCAGGGACAAAGAAAUGCUGCCGGUUUGGCUGCAACAAGAGCUGUGUCUUCCCCGUCUCUGCACAGAAGCCGGGGCGUGGCGGCGAGUGUCCUGCUGACCCCCUUCCCUGCGAGGAGCUGUGCAGUGGGGACGAGUCCUGUCCCCCGGGGCAUAAAUGCUGCAGCACUGGCUGCGGCCACACCUGCCGCGGAGACAUCAAGGGAGGGCGGGGCGGGGCUUGUCCGCAGGUCUUGGUGGGCCUGUGCAUCGUCGACUGCGUGCUGGACGAGAACUGUCAAGCCGGGCAGAAGUGCUGCAGGUCGGGCUGCGGCCGCUUCUGCGUCCCCCCAGUUCUGCCGCCCCAGCUGGCCGCGGACCCCAACAGGACCGCCAGGGCCGAUUCCGAAUUAGAGACCCGGGUGCCCUAGCUGCCUUGAUGUGUCCUGACGGCCAGGGGCCUGUCCUGGAGGCCAGGAGAGGAUGGUGCCUGGGGCCUGUGGAACUCGCAGGGGCUCUCCCUGCCCUCUCCACUCUGCUGCCCCUCGCUCCGCAGAAACAGCCCUGGGGUCGGGCAGUGGGCGGGUGGGGGGGGGGUGGUUGGUGCUUUUGUCCCCAAUAAAGG